AUGGACUCUGGAAAGCAGCAACUUCAACGUUGGCUGAAUCAUCAAGUUCUUAUUGAAGUUUCUGAUCGCCGGAAAUUUUAUGGAUGCUUUUUAUGCACAGAUCAUGAGGGAACCGCCAUCUUGUCCAACACAACGGAGGAUUCCAAUGGCCUAACUCGAGCAUUGGGUCUUGUUGUGAUCCCCGGAAAACACAUCAAGUCUUUUUCUCUGCAUGUUUAG